AAUGCACACACGGAAGACUUUUUCAAAUUGAAGACCUUGCUCAAGGCGGGUCCACCCACGACUUGGUAACUAUAUAAGCAGAUCGCAAUCCCCAGAAAAGCAAACUAACCCUCUCUAACUGCUCUUCUGUCUCUACCAAGCGAGUUAUCAUGAAAAUUUCGGCUGCAGCUGUUCUUUUGUUGGCCUGUGCCGUUUCCGGUCAAUGGGUUCAACCAGGCGGGAGUGAAGUGGCCCGUCAAUUUCAAUCUCAAGACGGGUACGGUCAGGCAAAGUAUGGCUAUUCUCAUCCAGGUCAAGCGGCUGAGACACACAGGGAUGCCCGGGGAAAUCAAGUAGGUAGUUACGCAUACAUCAGCCCUGAAGGAAGAGAGAUCCGCAUCAACUUUAUCGCUGAUUCCAACGGCUACCGCGUUGAUAACGAUUACACUCAAGAUACACCGGAAGUGGCUGCUGCCCGAUCUGAGCAUUUGGCCGCUCAUGCCGCUGCCCUAGCCGCCGCUAAAGCCGCAUCACCAAACCAAGAAGCCUGGGAUGCUCCUCAGCCUGUUAAAAGCAAGCCUGUGGUAGUGCCCCAACAGGUGAGCUGGACCACUCCUCAACAAAAGACAUGGGUCGCUCCUCCGGCCAGCAACUGGGCUCCAGUUCAAGCCCAGUAUGGACUCCCUCAACCUGUUCAAGAUACUCCCGAAGUCCAAGCAGCCAAAGCCGAAUUUUUCCAGACUUUUAACGUCGCCGCUGCCCGCGCCCCAAAAGAACAGAACGCAAUUGCUCCUGCUAAGAAAAUCUGGACUGCGCCUGAACAGAAAUCCUGGGCUGCUCCUGUUCAAAACAAAUGGGUUGCCCCUACUAGCUGGGCACCUGUCCAAGUCCAGUAUGGUUUGCCCAAACCUGUACAAGACACCCCUGAAGUCCAGGCUGCCAAAGCCGAAUUUUUCAAUUCCUUCAGAGAGGCAGCUGCUCGUGCACCUGCACAAGAUAACUUUGUUGCUCCCCAAGAAAAGACCUGGACCGCUCCUCAGCCAGCCACAUGGGUUGCUCCUCAACAGAACACUUGGGCAGCUCCCCAGCCUAUUAUCCUAGACCAAUACGGUUUACCCCAGCAGGUUGAAGACACUCCCGACGUCCAGGCAGCCAGAGCACAGUUUUUCCGUGCUUUCAAGGCAGCAGCAAAAGCAGCUGCAUCGGCAUCAGCAGCCGCAGCCCAGAAAUCUGCCCAACAAGAAAAUUACUACUAGAUGGCACCUGUAAUAUUCCUUGGUCAGUUAUUAAAAUUGUAUGUCAAACACUCAAGUCUUGUAAAAAGGCUAUUGUAAAAUUGUAGAAAGACAUUCAGACCUUUCUGACUCGGGUACAAGAUAGAGUCUCGAAUACACUGCACUAAUUUUCACCACGAAA